GCAGGAGGUUGUCUUGAGUGGGCCUGGCCUCUCACUUGCUUGUCUUUUCUCACAGGACUCUCUGCCUCACGACCCCGGGUAGUCAUCCAGCUUGAGCGUGGCGAGGAGCCCUGGGUUCUCAGUGGGACAGUUGUGACACCAGCCAGGAAUGCUCACAGGAAGCCCAGCCCUGGUUCCCGUCAUCUGGCAUAUGACAGGGUUGUUCCAGGAGAAGCAGCGCUGCCAGGGGUCUUCCAUGAUGGCUCCUCUCCCGCACGUACAAGGGUCCUCCCCUUCACUGGCAUCUGUGAACAUGGGAAAAGCCUGGAGGGCUGGCAGGGCACCUCCCCCUCUCAGGAGAAAAAACCCACAGGGGUGUCUGUAAUCUAUUGGGAGCAGCUCUUGUUAGGUCCUGGCAGUGGGGAGGCCAGUGUCAGUCUGCGGCUGACCUCCCCACUGAGGACGGCCGAGGCCAGCCCACCUAGGGAGAAGGCUCUUAUGACCCGCCCCAUGCCAGGCAAGCAGCUAAGGGCAUGUGGGGGUCAGAAGCCAUAUGGGCAGGAGGCCCCUGGGAGAGCUCUCCCCAAAAUUCCAGAGUUAGAGGCUGGUCUCACCUCUGGGGCAGGAGGAAAGUGUCUGGCUAGCCACAAGCCUCACGGACUCCCUGCUGGCCAGGAGCCCCCAAACUGGGAUCAGCUGGGCAAGGCCCUCCACACGGGCCCCGGCCUGCUUCCCGGGGAGAAGCCCUUCGAAUGCAGGGCGUGCAACAAAGUGUUCGUGAAGAGCUCGGACCUGCUCAAGCACCUGCGCACGCACACUGGGGAGCGGCCCUAUGAAUGCGCACAGUGUGGCAAGGCCUUCAGCCAGACAUCACACCUGACACAACACCAGCGCAUCCACAGCGGUGAGACGCCCUACGCGUGCCUGGCCUGCGGCAAGGCCUUCCGGCAUAGCUCCUCGCUGGUGCGGCACCAGCGCAUCCACACGGCGGAGAAGUCCUUCCGCUGCAGCGAGUGUGGCAAGGCCUUCAGCCACGGCUCCAACCUCAGCCAGCACCGCAAGAUCCACGCGGGCGGGCGGCCCUACGCGUGUGCCCAGUGUGGCCGCCGCUUCUGCCGCAACUCACACCUGAUUCAGCAUGAGCGCACGCACACGGGUGAGAAG